GCUUGCUUGAGCAAUUCCUGGCUGGGAAGAGUCAAGCCGGGAUGACAAGACUGCCCUGGACCCCAGGGCAUAGUAAGUGACAAAAGAGGGAAGCCGGGCGCAGCAACCUAAGAGCAGAGGGGUGCUGAGCAGGGCUGGAGCCUGCCUACUUCCUACCAACUCCUUUCAAGGAAUUCUUCACCUGGCCCAGCCCCUGGUUACCUGGAUCUGAGCCAUGAGUUAUGUCCCCACCGAAGCACCCCACAGUGACACGCGGUUAGCAUGGCUGAGAAGCUAGACCUGCACGGAGGGCUGGCAGAAAUGGGUGCCUGGCCGAGUCCUAGGCAGUUGGUGGCAGCAAGGAGGAGAGGCCGGGGCGUCGGGGGCAAGGCUGAGCUGGAGCAGUUCCGAAGUGCGUGAACGGGCCAGAGCCCUACCCACCCGGCCCAUCAUGGUCCAGAGACUGUGGAUGAGCCGCCUGCUGCGGCAUCGGAAAGCCCAGCUCCUGCUGGUUAACCUGCUGACGUUUGGCCUGGAGGUGUGCCUGGCCGCAGGCAUCACCUACGUGCCACCCCUGCUGUUGGAAGUGGGGGUAGAGGAGAAGUUCAUGACCAUGGUGCUGGGCAUUGGUCCAGUGCUAGGCCUGGUCUCCGUCCCACUCCUAGGCUCAGCCAGUGACCACUGGCGUGGGCGCUAUGGUCGCCGGAGGCCCUUCAUCUGGGCCCUGUCCCUGGGCGUCCUGCUGAGCCUCUUCCUCAUCCCGAGGGCCGGCCGGCUGGCGGGGCUGCUGUGCCCGGACACCAGGCCCCUGGAGCUGGCGCUGCUGAUCCUGGGCGUGGGGCUGCUGGACUUCUGCGGCCAGGUGUGCUUUACUCCGCUGGAGGCCCUCCUCUCUGACCUCUUCCGGGACCCGGACCACUGCCGCCAGGCCUUCUCCGUCUAUGCCUUCAUGAUCAGCCUCGGGGGCUGCCUGGGCUACCUCCUACCUGCCAUUGACUGGGACGCCAGUGCCCUGGCCCCCUACCUGGGCACCCAGGAAGAGUGCCUCUUUGGCCUGCUCAGUCUCAUCUUCCUCACGUGUGUGACAGCCACGCUGUUUGUGGCCGAGGAGGCAGCGCUGGGCCCGGCCGAGCCCGCAGAAGGGCUCUCGGUCCCCUCCAUGCCGUCCUACUGCUGCCCCUGCCGUGCCCGCCUGGCUUUCCGGAACCUGGGCACUCUCUUUCCCCGGCUGCACCAGCUCUGCUGCCGUAUGCCUCGCACCCUGCGCCAACUCUUCGUGGCCGAGCUAUGCAGUUGGAUGGCAUUCAUGACCUUCACGCUGUUUUACACGGACUUCGUGGGCGAGGGGCUGUACCAGGGUGUGCCUAGGGCUGAGCCGGGCACUGAGGCCCGGAGACACUAUGAUGAAGGGGUCCGGAUGGGCAGCCUGGGGCUGUUCCUGCAGUGUGCCAUCUCCCUGCUCUUCUCUCUGGUCAUGGACCGGCUGGUGCAGCGCUUCGGCACCCGGGCUGUCUAUCUGGCCAGCGUGGUGGCUUUCCCCGUGGCUGCGGGUGCCACGUGCCUGUCCCGCAGUGUGGCUGUGGUGACCGCUUCGGCCGCCCUCACUGGGUUCACCUUCUCUGCCCUGCAGAUCCUGCCCUACACGCUAGCCUCCCUCUACCACCGGGAGAAGCAGGUUUUCCUGCCUAAAUACCGAGGAGACGAUGGAGCUGGCGCCAGUGAGGACAGCCUGAUGACCAGCUUCCCGCCGGGCCCUAAGGCUGCAUCCCCCUUCCCCAACGGACACAUCGGUGCUGGAGGCAGCAGUCUGCUCGCAUCCCCACCCACACUCUGUGGGACCUCUGCCUGUGAUGUCUCCAUGAGUGCGGUGGUGGGUGAGCCACCAGAGGCCAGGGUUGUUCCGGGCCGGGGCAUCUGCCUGGACCUUGCCAUCCUGGACAGUGCCUUCCUGCUGUCCCAGGUGGCCCCAUCCCUGUUUAUGGGCUCCAUUGUUCAGCUCAGUGAGUCUGUCACUGCCUAUAUGGUGUCGGCCGCAGGCCUGGGUCUGGUUGCCAUUUACUUUGUCACGCAGGUAGUAUUUGACAAGAGUGACCUGGCCAAAUACUCAGUGUAGGGUACCUCUAACCCGCUGAGGGAGGGCGGGCCUCCCUGGGUCCCAGCUCCCGCUAUCCCAGUCUCCUGUGAGCCCAGCCAUUGGGCUGGGGGCUGGCCUUCCGGUUUCUAUUGCUGCCAAAGUGGCGUGGCUCUCUGCUGCCUCCCUGUGGCAGUGAGGUGCAUAGCUGCACAGAUGGGGGACUGGGGCUCCUUCCCUCCCACCUCUCCCCAGUCUUUAGGGCUGGUUGACUGGUAGUUCUCCAAAAAGCUUUAGUCUGUACUUCUACAAGGAGAGCAGGGCAGGGCAUUUCAUUAGCUCCGUGCACUGGUAUGCAGGCCUCUGCUAGGGGAUAACCCAGGCUCAGGGUUAACAGCUAGUGCCCUGGCCGAGACAUACCCAGAGAAGGGACGUGGGGAGCUGAGUAAACUCAACCACCUGGUCUCCUGCCACCAAGGCCCCUUAUCCUAUAGGUUCCCCCAAUGUUGCUCUUGCACGGCAGUUUCUAAUAUGGAACUCUCCUCUAUAGGAUUUGAUGUAUGAAAAUCACUGAGGGGCAUAGUCCUAAGGGGAGAAGGGAAGCUGCCUGGCUCCACAGGGUUACAGCCUUUCUGCUGUUCCCUAAUUUUAUUAGGAUGUGGCUUGUUGGCCCCUGUGUUGCCAUCAUAGGGACAUAAGUCUUUAAAUAUUUAACUUAUUUAAGUAGAAGGGGAAUCAGUUUCCAGCUCUGCUGGUGUCUAGGAGUUGGGUAGGAUGAGAUCCCUAACGACUAGGUCCCCUGAGAUGGUUGGUGACUGGGCCAGCAUCUCCUUCUCCUGGAGUGAUUGGUCCAGCCCCUAUGUUGCCUAAUCCUGAGCUUGGAAGCUCUGCUCAGCCUAACUCAUAUCCCAAAUCCUGUUACCCAAGGUGAGGAGGGCUGGGGAAAGGUGGCUGGUGGGGUUCCAGGUCUCAGCAGCCUUCCUAGCCUCUCCCCCUCUCUUGGCCGAGCCGCCCCUCAACUCCCCUCUGCUCCAUCUAGGACUGGGCUGAUGAAGGAGCUGCCCAGCCCCCACCUUUCCCCACUGGCAACCACAGCCCCUCUCCUUGGGGCUGUUCUGACCAGAAGCACAGUGUGGCUCCUUGAGCCUUUCUCCGUCUCAGCCCCCAGGGCAUAUCUGUACUUGGGGAAUCUAGCACAGACACUCAGGAGCACACCCCCGCCCCCCCAAGGAGGUCUUAUCUCUGGGGGGGUUUUAAGUGCCGUUUGCAAUAAUGUUAUGUCUUAUUUAUUUAGCGGAGUAAAUAUUUUAUACUGUAUGUGAGCAAUCAGAGUAUAAUGUUUAUGGUGAUGAAAUUAAAGUCUUCUUAUAUGUUUAA